UCUCAAACAGAGCAUUCGCACAUUGAAAUCCGAUCACAAAGAAAAUGCUGCUCUCUGCAUUUCCUCCGCAGAAUCCAUUAUCCAAUUCCACCCCACCCCCUCACUACCCCCCUACCCUCAUCUUCUCCCCUGUUACCUUCUACAAAGCAGCUGUUAACGCUUCUUCCCAGAGGCUACCACUACUCACUCUCACCAACGCCGCCGCUACCUCCUCCACUACUCUCCGGCACGUCAGUGGCACGUGCUCCGAUGACGACGGAGACGGAAACGGAGACAGUAUGGUUACUUCGGCGUCAGCUGUCGCUGCGGCGAUACGAAAUGCCUCGACGUCACCGGUGGAGUUCGUUCAGACGAUUGAAAAGGAUGAUGGUAAAAAUAGAGGUUUGGUGCUACCGAGUGUUGAUUUUCAGAGACUUUGCCUUGAACAAUUGGAGCUGUUUCGCCGUAUUGUUCAUCCCGACUCUGUUCUUUCCCAUUGGGAAUGCUGGCCACCAUCAAAAACACGUUACAAAGUUUAUGUAAGACCAGCUGGAAGCUAUGUAAUGGACCGCCUAGAGUUGCAGCGGAUUAUUUUACAUCCAUGUGUUAAUGAGAUUGAUCUAGUGAUUCUAAUUGGUAACUUUAGCAUUCCAGCAGGCUUAAGAAUUGCCGAAGCAGCUCUUUCGAGGCAAGAGGCAGAGUUACUUCCCGAGCUUGGAGCAGUGGUGUUCCCCAUGUUGAAACACCCAUUUAUUGUUGGAUUUUUGGUUGUGGAACUCCCAAGAACUACAUGGGAUAAGGGAGGGCUCAAUGUUAAAGGAUGGCCUGCCCAGGAGGAAACUUUUCCUAUACCUCCUAGCACAGAUUUGAAAUCAUUGAAUAUCAAAACUUCAAGUGACCACUCCUUUGAGAUGUUAAAAUUUACAGCUGAGCAAAGAUUAAAUGCAAUAAAUAUUUCUCGUUCACUUGCAAUGGCUUAUGUCAUGGAUCAGAAAUCAAUUUUGCUCCAACAGUCGACCUGGCAAAAUAAUAUCAGGAUGAGCAACUUGGUUGAGCAAAUUCGGGGUUCUCUUUCCAGUAUUCGAACUUUGAGUAAGAUGUUAUCUGUUCAGAUUAGAAAGAGUGAGAUUUCGUAUGACAUUGUUCAAGACAUUUUGGAGCAAGGUGAUUGCUUGAGUGAUACUCUUAAGGGACUCCAGGAUGCUGUUUCCUUAACAAAGGCGAAUAUAAUGCGCUAUAGUGAAGAAACAUUGAAAAGGAUGCCUAAAUCAACUCAUCCUGAUCAUGAGUCAGUGAGGUCACAGUUAUCGGACAACUUGUCUCAGAAGCUAGAAUCUGUCUUCUCAAAAUCCAAGGAUCUAGAAAUGCCAAUGCCACCUAUUGCUCUUGCACCUUUACGCCAGGAAGGAAUCAGAGCAUGCAAUGUUUCUGAUGUACUGGUGGAUUUGGUGGGAGCAGUGGCACCUUUGGCACACGAGCAGAGGAGAGCUGUUUUACUUUCUGAGGUUCCAAGAUCUUUACAGGUACCAAUUGAAGAGCCUGCUUUACGCCAGGCUUUGGGUAAUUUGAUCGAGGGUGCUUUAUUGCGUAUACAAGCUGGUGGGAAGGUUGAAAUCAUUGCCACUGGAGCACCUGCAGGGGGUUCUCUUGUUAUAAUUGACGAUGAUGGCCUUGAUAUGCACUAUAUGACACAGAUGCACUCUCUAGCACCUUUUGGGGCAGACUUAUUUUCUGAAGAUAGGGUAGAGGACAACAUGACAUGGAACUUUGUGGCUGGACUAACUGUUUCUCGAGAAAUACUGGAGAGUUAUGGAUGUGUUGUGCGGGUGAUCUCACCAAGAGUAACAGAUGCUGCAAUUGGAACCGGAGGAACCCGUAUAGAACUCUGGUUUCCCUCUUUUUCUGCUUCAUCUGUUGUAGAUGGCCCUUCUCACGAGGCUUAACAAAGAUUGAGGAUUCCACUGUCAUUUUUAUCUAGUUUUUAGAAGGCCAAAAACAUACAACAAAUUCCUGCUUAAUCCUUUGCAGAUCCUGAGAUGGAAAAUUUGAAAGACGAUCUACUUUAAAGAUUCAUCUAGUGACACAAAUCUGCCAAAUGACUAAUUUCUAUCCUACUGGGAUUGUGAACAAAUUGAAGGUAUAGCUAAUAAUACCAGGAGGAUGGAUGCUGCAGGAAAAUUUAGGCAAUCCUUCUUUUGGCUUCGUCUAACACUUCCUCUUGCUGGUCAAGCCUUCUUCAGAAAAACAAUGGUAGAGGACGACUGUAUAUACUUUAGCAUAGUAGUUAUUUCCAUAUAUCAGUUUAUUAUCCAUUGUGAUGCCAAAAAAAUAUUGUGAUUGACUGUAUAAAUCAGCGUAUCUCUACAGAUGGUCCAGCUCGAACUAUUUUCUUUGCUGGGACUUUUAUUGGACAGAAUCUAGCCGAAGAGUAAACACACAAGCUCACUUUUGAGUCUUAGUUGCCACAAGUUCCCGAAAUCCCUUCCCUGCUGCUAUGUUCUCUAGAAAUGUUGGGUAUCAGAGAAAAUAUAUCAAUGCCUUCCAUGUAAAUUUUAAAUGGCAAAAGCUUCUUUAUCAGCUUAUUCUGUUUUUUCUAAUUUAUUUUUUAGAUAUGUAAUAUAAGUUAUUUUGGGAACGACUCAUAUAUUUGCUUCUAUGCUUUUGACUUUA